AUGGAGGGGCCAAGACCGAGGGCAUCUGAGAAGUUUCUCAAGAUGGCGGUGCCGACGCUGAAGACGACGGCGAAACCCCAGCAGCAGCAACACCAGCAGCAAUACGAGUCCGGCCUCGAAGUCGCCGAACCAAACGCCUGGAACCGCAACGACAUCCACCUCCCCGAGGUCUCCCCUUACAACAACGCAGAUGCCCAGACGACAACCUUGCCCCAGGUCGUAGAUGACCAGCUGUCGUGGCAUCACUACCACAAGCAGAGCCCGAACCUUGAUGCGACGACGCCGUCCGUGACGUCCGCGGCCGCCGCGCCGUAUUACUUUGCCGCCGGCACCGGCCAGCAGCACCCGCCCGGGUAUCACCAGCCGCCGCCGGGGUCACCGGGGUCGGGGUCCCUCGACGGAGCCGGGGACGGCAACGGCAAGACGAGGACCACGAUGUGCGGCGUGCGCCGGAAGGUGUGCUACGUCAUCAUGGGCGUCGCCAUAGUCCUCGCCGUGGCUGCCAUCGCCGUCGGCCUCGGCGUGGGACUGGCGAUGAAGAAGUCGGGCGGUUCAUCUGGCAACAAGUCGACGUCAGGCAACUCAACAACAACCCCGCCAACAUCAACAAGAAACGCAGUAAUCACCUGCCCCUCCUCAGACAACGCAACCUACGCCUCCCCCGACGCGCCAGCCCGCACCUUCCGCCUCAUCUGCGGCCACGACUUCAACUCGGCCAAUGGCGCCACCGACCUGACGUCCGAGAACGCCACGACCAUGGCCACCUGCAUCGAUCUCUGCGCCUCAAAGGGGCCCGACUGCGUCGGCGCCGGCUGGGGCGAUUACUACGGCAACCACGUCUGCUGGAUGAAGAGCAAGCUGGGCACCAUGAACGUCUCGGGGAACUGGUACUUUGCCGUGGACGUCAACGAGACGAGCGUGGCGGCGUAG